AGUUCACAGAACGAUGAACGUACUACAAAAUGCAAAGAUCUUCUGCGAGACCAUUUCUAUAAAAACGCGCUCCUGCUAUCCCAUCGCAACACGACCAAUCUCCACCACCUCUGCAACCCCUCACCUCUCCGCCGCCGACGACCUCCUCACCCUCACCAAUCUCAUAAACAAGCAACACUGGUCCCGCCUCAAAACCCUAAUCGCCGAUUCCAACACCAACCCCUCCCACCUCCUCCUCCUCCUCCUCAACUCCGGCUCCUCAGCCUCGACUCUCCUCUCCUACUUCCGAUGGUCCGACCGUCACUUCCAAUCCCCUCACGACCUUCACCUCCACUGCCGUCUCCUCCACUCUCUCGCCGCCGAAAAAUUAUACUCCAAACUCCGCUCCGAGCUCCACUCCAUAGCUGUCUCCGGCCGCCACCGCCUCCCGGCCAUCUUCCACGUUCUCUCAAUCUGCUCCGAUCGCCGUACUUCCGCUUCCCUCAUCGCUGACAUGCUUCUCCCCGCAUACGUCAACAACUCUCAAACAGAUUCCGCCCUCGAAGCCUUCCGCAGAGCUGGAGACUACAGGUACAGACUCUCGACCCUUUCUUGCAAUUCAUUGCUUCAUGCCCUAAUUAAGGAGGAAAAGUUGAGAGAAUUUGAAUCCGUGUACUCCGAGAUGAUUCGGAGAAGAAUCCCCCCUGAUUUGAUCACCUUCAGUAUCGUGAUAAACGGGUUCUGUAAGGCGGGGCAACUAAGGAGGGCCGCGGAUCUGUUGAGCGAAAUGAAAUCAUGGGGUGUCGAGCCGACGGUUGUCACUUACAAUACCCUAAUUGGUGGGUAUUGUAAGAGCAAUCAAGGAGGAAAGCUGUACCAGGCCGAUGCCCUCUUGAGGAAGAUGAUCUCAGCCGGGAUCUAUCCCAAUGUUGUCACUUUCAACACCCUUAUAGAUGGAUUCUGUAAGGACAGUAAUUCUUCUGCCGCCAUGAAAUUUCUUGGCGAAAUGAAGCGGCAGGAACUAUCUCCUAACACCAUCACCUAUAACUCAUUGAUCAAUGGGUUCUGCAAUGAGGGCAAAUUGGAAGAAGCUGUUGCAUUGCUGAAGGAGAUGGAGAUUGAAAACCUGACACCUAAUGCAGUCACCUUCAACACCAUCAUCAAUGGAUUUUGCAAGAAAGGAAUGGUGGGAGAGGCAAUGGGGUUUUUGGAUGAUAUGAUCAAUCGAGGUUUGGUUUCGACUGUAAUCACUUACAACACUUUGAUUGACGGUUUUUGUCGAUCCGAUCGGACGAAAGAAGCAUUGGAGUUCAAGAAUUUGAUGUUGGAGAAAGGGAUUUCUCCUGAUGUUUCAACCUACAACUCUUUGAUUUGGGGCUUCAGUGAGAAAGGAGACAUGAAAGCUGCAAGAAGCUUUUUGGAUGAGAUGGCGGAGAAGGGGAUUGGAGCUGAUCUCAUAACUUAUAAUAUUCUGAUUGCUGCACUGUGCAGCGAAGGGGAGACGAGGAAGGCGAAUAAGCUCUUUGAGGAGAUGUUUGAGGUGGGAUUGAGACCAAAUCAGCUCACAUAUAACACAUUAAUGGAAGGUUUCUGUAAAAAAGGGAACUUGAGAACUGCUCUGAACAUCAAAGCAAGGAUGGAGGGGAAUAGGAAACAUGCCAAUGUUGCUACUUAUAAUAUAUUGAUGAAAUGUUUGUGUGAAAAAGGUGAAAUGGAAGGUGCAAAUGGAGUGCUUAAUGAGAUGUUAGAGAAAGGUCUGGUUCCAAAUAAGCAUACUUAUGAUGUUAUCAAGGAGGGAAUGGUUGAGAGAGGAUUUGCUCCUAACAUAUAAGUAGGGUUAUAAAUGAAUCAAUGCACUUGACGAACAACUCAAAUUCGGUUCAAUUAAUAUUUAA